AUGUUCGCAUGUCAACAUGGAUUCCUAGACAUUGUUAAAUGCUUAGUUAAACAUGGAGCUCGAGUCGAAGCACGUGAUCGCUUCAAACGAACACCCUUGAUUCAUGCUUGUAUGUAUGGGCAUGCGCAUGUUGUUUCUUAUUUACUUUGCAUUGGAGCAAAUCCAAAUGCAUUCGAUUCAUCGAUGAAUUCAGCUUUGCAUUAUGCGAUUGCUUACGGUUGGUACUUUUGUGUUCGAUUACUGUUGGAAGCUGGAGCAAAGAUCAAUGUUGCCAACCGUUGGCGAGUGACAUGCCUUGAAAUUGGUUUUUCGAAAGGGCAUUACGGUAUCUGUGAUUAUCUUUUAAAUGAACAUCAAGCAAAUAUUAAUUUUAAAAAUGAUGAAGGUCAAACAAUCGUUAUGCUAAUAGUUGAUUUAGAUGUAUCGGAAUCGUCUGUAGAACGAUUGGGACAGGUUGUUGUGAAACACAACGCUAAUUGUACAUGUGUUGAUGUUAAUGGAAGCAAUGCUUUUCACUAUUUAGCAGAGAAAAGCAGUACUUCCUCGAAAGAUCAUUACUUUCGAAUGGCACAAAUUUUAUUAGAUCACCAUUGUAGUCCUACUCAAAUGAAUAAUAAAGCACAGACACCAUUGAUGCUCGCACUUGAAUCCAAAAAUGUCUUCAUGGUUGAUUUCUUCAUCAAUCAAGCGAAGGUAGAAUUAACUUUGGAUAUAAAUGGUGAUGGGAAAACGUUUUUACAUUAUUUUGCUAUGAAUAGUGAUGAUGAAAAACUUGUUGAAAUAUUAUUGAAUUUACCGGUGACAGGGGAUCUGAAAAAGAUGAGUUUGACAUCAGAUAACCAACGAAAGACACCAUUUGAUUAUUGUACCUCGAAGUAUGAAGAACUUUUUGGCAAUCGAUAUUAUGGCUCUUGCAAUCGACUUAGUCAAUAUCAAUCAAUAAUCAAAAUGAUUCGAUACUUCAUUGAUAUACUCGAAUGCUUUAGUGAGACAUGCAUUUUCCAUUUAUUGUAUGAAACACCAUAUUCCAGUCAAGUUGAAGAGCAUCCAUUGGAAAUUUUUCUUAAGAAAUCAAAAAAUAUCAAUGUUUUACACCCCACAACAGAGCAAACACCAUUAUUAAAGGCUAUAGUUGAAAAAUACCAUAACAUUGUAACACUACUGCUUAAGGAACCCUCAUGUGAUGUUAAUUUUGUUUCAUCAGAAAAAUCAUCAGGAAUAAAUCUAACUCCGUUGAUGAUCGCAUGUAAACUUCAACGAUAUCCCGUUAUUCGUGAUCUUUUAAAUCAUCCAAAAUGUGAUCUUCUUGCUUAUGACGCUGAACACAACCAAGCCUUACAUCAUUUUCUGACUGGUUCAUCUCGAUCUGAUGAUUAUCUAGAAGUUUUUCAUUUAUUCAUCGAGAAACUGAUCGCUAUUGAUAAUGAUACAUUGAAUUUGAAAGGAAAAUCUGGCAGUACACCAUUACACAUUGCCGUUUUUCAUAACCCAGGCAUCGUCGAAACGAUAAAUGUUGUUGAACAAACCCUCAUUGAUAAUGGCUGCGAUUUAUUCGCUAAAGAUGACCUUGGCAAUAUUCCAUUGCAUAAUGUCUUUUUAGGAAAAAACGCAUCAACAAUUAUUCGAACAUCACCAUUGAUCAAUGCAAUAAUUCAUCAUAAUUUUGAAUUGGCGAAAUUUAUACUUGAACUUGGAGCAGACGUUAAUUUUCCUGAUGAACAACGACUGACACCAUUGAUGUACGCCAUUCAACAGAAUGACUUGAACAUGGUAAAGUUAUUACUCAAUAAAGAUUAUGCGAUCAAUAGUGGUGAUAAAUCAUCGAAAAAGAACCUCGAUUCAGAUGAGGAACAUAUGGAUCAAUCAAAUAAGUUUCAACUGACAUCCAAUAUCGAUCUCAAUGCUACAGAUGCACUCGGUCGUACAUGUGUACAUUACCUAACUCAACCAUUUCCAAAUAUUUCCUAUACAAAUAACGAUGAAAUACUUGAGUUACUUCGCUCAGUGGAUGCUUCAUUAUUUAAAGAACCGAUGGACACAGAAAAUUUAACGAAUCAUAGUUUUAUUGUUAAUGAUCCAAAUAAGGAUCUACUCGGUGUUACAGAUUAUUAUUCAGACGCUCAACAGUACAUUAGUCAAUACAUGGCUACUCAUCCUAUAGACAAGACGAAUAGUAUUUAUAAAGUUGAUCCACUAUCGAACAUGAAUGAAACAGGUGAAAUUGUCUGGGAUACAGACAAGAAUGAACCUUAUGAUGUUCGUUUAACCAUCACUGAUAUAGACCAUGGUCUCAUUAGUUUAUACAAUUUUUAUCGAAUGCAAGUUAUUAAGCAUCGAACCAAAACAAGUCUCUAUCUUCUAUUCACACGUUGGGGACGUAUUGGUGACGGUAAUGGACAAUACCAAUCAACACCUUACCCAUCAUUUGAAGAAUGUCGAGCAGAAUUCUGUAAAAUUUUUCAAGAAAAAACGGGUAACGCCUGGGAAAAUACGAAUCAAUUCGAAAAGAAACUAAAGAAAUACACACUAAUACAACUAAGCGAUAACCAAACACAAAAUAACACGGACGUUCCCAUUGAUUUUGAACGACUGAAUGAUGAAGCCCAACAGGUACCGUCUAAAUUAAAAUCAGAUGAAUACAAGGACCUUUUCAGAACAUUCCUUAAUUCCGAAGCGAUACGCAAAAAGGCCAAAGAAGCUACAUCAGAUCUUGCAUGGAUGCCUCUUUCUCAACUAAGACCCGAGAGUCUACAAAAAGCACGUGACGUAUUAGAAAAACUGAAAAGUGACAUCGAACAAAAAGAAAAACUUCAAUUACUUAUACAACAAACUAUUUCGGAUGAAAACACUGAAUUCGGACGCUUACUUGAUUCGAUUUGUCAACUCACCAAUGAAUAUUAUAGUCUAAUACCUUUGCCGGGCUAUGAUGAUGAGAAACUACCAAUAAUCGAUACUUUACAAGCUGUCAAACUGCAGGAACAGAAACUCACUGAUAUAUUUGAAUUGGAAUUAUCGUACAAAAUUCUUCUAGCUGCACAAGCCAAUUUAAAUCAGAUAUCGCCAUUAGAUUAUUUGUAUAAAUCGAUUAAUUGCCAAUUUGAAGUCAUGAAUCAAAAUGAUGUUGAUUACGGAUUGAUUUUACGCUAUAUCUGGGCAAGUGUGCCCGGUACAAAAGUCGAACAAAUAUUCAAAUUCGCACGACCUAAUGAUGAUGAGCGACGCUUUCAACGGAAUCUAGAUAACCAUUAUUUACUCUGGCAUGGUACGAAUAUUUGCAAUUCGAUUGGUAUACUUACACGAGGACUUUUAAUUGCACCUUUAUGCGCAAAAAGUACUGGAAGUAUAUUUGGAAAGGGAAUCUACACAGCUGAUGCAUUUGUGAAAAGUCUCAAUUAUUGUUCCGGUGUUACAAAAAGUGAUGGUGAACGUUGCAUUAUGUUAUUGUGUGAAGUGGCAUUAGGCAAAUCCGAAGAAAUCAGUGAUGAAAGUGAUGAUCAAGAUGAACCGUUAGACUUCGAUGAAUAUCAAAGUCGUAAAGGUCAUGGUCGCUCAAUUCCUGAUCCACGAUACACGAUCACAAGAGAUGGUAGUAUUAAAAUGCCACUAGGUCGACUGAUUUCUUGUGAAGAGCCAAAGCAUUCGUCUCAUUCAUUUAAGUAUAACGAAUACAUCGUCUUUGAUGAAUCACAAAUAGCUAUUCGUUAUAUUGUUCAAUUUCUUCGAUAA